CUUAAGUGUCCCAGUACUUUAUAAAGCCAACGCCGGACCGACCUACCUAUGGGCUUGAGUGUUUAAUGGUCCCAUGUAUCUACGUCUGAAUAGAGUAUGACUGCUCUAUUCUUCAAGUGUUUAGCAUCUGAACAAAAGAGGACUCGCGAUUUUCAGCAACAUCUCAGGAUUUUCAGGAGAGCGUGAUGAAGUGCAGGCGGCCGCAGAGGAGCGUAAGGGUGAUGAAUGUCAUUCAUUGGGCUGUGAUGCUGGGAUUGAUUCAGUCCUGCGCGCUCGGUGCGAGGAAAUUUCGCGGAGGUAGAAACCCGCAGCCACGACGAGCGCUUCCCUCCGCUCAUUACCGGGACCGCGCAGAAACCACCGAGAGCUUCUCACUGGAUUUCACAGCUGUUGAAGAAAACAUGGACAAUUUCAUGACUCAGGUGAAGAACUUAGCGCAAUCCCUCUAUCCGUGCUCGGCCCAGAAGCUCGACUACGACAUGAAGUUACAUUUCCUGGAGAAUACAUCAGUCACCUGUAACGACGGGACCCCAGCAGGGUACUACCUGAAGGAGUCCAAAGGAAGCAGAAGAUGGUUAAUAUUUCUGGAGGGUGGCUGGUACUGCUUCAACAAAGAGAACUGUGACAGCAGAUACGAGACCAUGAGGAGGCUCAUGAGCUCCUCCAAAUGGCCACAAACCAAGACAGGCACAGGAAUACUGUCUUCGCUUCCAGAGGAAAACCCACACUGGUGGAAUGCCAACAUGGUGUUUAUCCCAUAUUGCUCAAGUGAUGUGUGGAGUGGAGCCACACCAAAAACUGAUCAAAAUGACUAUGCGUUCAUGGGUUCACUGAUCAUAAAGGAAGUUGUGAAGGACCUGCUCACCAAGGGUCUGGACAAUGCUAAGAUACUGCUGUUAGCUGGAAGCAGUGCGGGUGGCACCGGCGUGUUGCUGAAUGUGGACCCAGUAUCUGAGCUCCUGGAGGAGUUGGGUCACACAAACAUCCAGGUCAGGGGUCUGUCCGACUCUGGCUGGUUCUUGGACAACAAACAAUACCGCUGUACUGACUGUGUGGACACCAUCAACUGUGCCCCCACAGAGGUCAUCAAGAGAGGAAUCAAAUAUUGGGGAGGUGUGGUACCUGAGCGAUGCCGACAGGCUUAUGAAGGAAAAGAAUGGAACUGCUUCUUUGGGUAUAAAGUUUAUCCUACAAUUAAACGCCCAGUGUUUAUUGUGCAGUGGCUGUUUGAUGAAGCCCAGCUAACAGUGGACAACAUUCAUCUGACGGGACAGCCGGUUCAAGAGGGCCAAUGGCGUUAUAUUCAGAAUCUGGGGACUGAGCUGAGGAACACUUUGAAGGAUGUCCCUGCCAUGUUUGCUCCUGCUUGCCUUUCGCAUGAAUUCAUAACAAGAAAUUACUGGACUGACGUUCAAGUCAAAGGCACAUCUUUACCCAGAGCGCUCCACUGUUGGGACCGCAGUCUACAAGAAAACAGUCGAAAUAAUAAAUCUCCUCCCAAAGGCUGUCCCGUACACUUGAUCGACAGCUGUCCGUGGCCUCACUGCAAUCCAACGUGCCCAACGAUCCGAGAUCAGUCAACGGGGCAGGAGAUGAACGUUAUCCAGUUUCUCAUGCACAUGGGCUUUGACGUACAAAAGAUGGCCCAUCAGCAGGGGAUGGACCCAAGUAAGCUACUGGGCAUGCUCAGCAGUGGCAGCUAAAUACAGUGGAAGAACUCGCUCCCGGUCGGGACCGUGCUUCCCAUCAGUCCGUUUGAUACCUCCAACCCCAUACUCCCUUUACCCACCUCAGCUUUGACCUCAGGCUGAGCCCUGCCUUUAGUCGGGGCUCUGUGCCAACUCUCUACGGGCUUUCAUCUCCAGAUCCCCUCAUUAAUGAUCAGUUGGUUUCCAUUUUGCUCCAUACUGUUAUCACUGAGCAGCUUGGAGAUGGUGGAGAUGCCCAGAGAUUUGGAACGGAGCCCUUGUCAGAUCCACCUCAGUUAAACCAUGGGCUGCUGACUGUUUAAAGGUUCCCAACACAACACAGUACCAGUGAAAGUACUGAAGAACCAGGACAAGGUACAUCUGCAUCUUUGCUCUUAAUUUAUCUUUUGGUUAUAAAAGUAUCACGAAUGUAAUCCAGUUUUACGGAUCUUCAGCAUUGUUGUUUGCGUUUGUGUUUUUUUUUUUUUAUCUUAUUUUCUGUUUUUACCAAUAUAUUUAGCCACAGUUUAUUAGAGUUUUAUAUGUCCAUUCAAAGGAAGAAAAUACAGAGAGCGGGAGAACAGAUAUUAUCGAUUAUAGAGUUUAUAAUCUGUAACACAGGUUAUAGAGUUUAUGAAAUACAUGUAAAAUAUAUGGAUCUACUCAAGAAUCUUAAAAACCAGAAAUUUCAGAACAGGCAGACACUGGAUCACCUGCUCUAAACCCAACAUGAUUCUUGGGGGAUGGCUAAGUUAUGAUAAAAUACAGUCAUGCCCAACAAUAUCGAAAAUGCAGUCCUUCUCUCAGAAAAUUGGUCCAGUUGCAGAUGUUUUGGUACUCACGUGUUUAUUUUAUUAAUGUUGUUUUUUUGUUUGCAUUGGAACAACACAAAAAAAACAGGUAAGAAAAGUCUGAUACAAUUCCACACAGAACCCAAAAAAUGCACUGGACAAAAUUAUUGGCACCCUUAACUUAAUAUUUGGUAGCACCCCCUUUGGAAAAAAAAAAAACUGAAAACAGUCGGUUCCUGUAACCAUGAAUGAGUUUCCUACACCUCUCUACUGGAAUUUUUGGACCAGUCUUCUUUUGCAAACUGCUCCAGGUCAUUCAGAUUUGAAGGAUGUUUCUCCCAACUGCUGUUUUGAGAUCCACAGGUGUUCUAUGGGAUUCAGAUCUGGAGUCAUUGCUGGCCAUUUCAGAACUCUCCAGCGCUUUGUUUGUAACCAUUUCUGAGUGCUUUUUGAAGUGUGUUUCGGGUCAUUGUCCUGUUGGAAGACCUAUGACGCAGCUUUCUGACACUGGCCACUACGUUGCAACCCAAAAUUCUUUGGUAAUCAUCAGAUUUCAUGGUACCGUUCACACAGUCAAGGCAUCCAGUGCCAGAAGCAGCAAAGCAACACCAAAACAUUUUUGAACCUCCACCAUGUUUGACUGUAGGGACUGUGUUCUUUUCUUUGAAGGCCUCAUUUCUUUUUCUGUAAACAGUGCCAUGAUGUUCUUUACCAAAAAGCUCUACUUUUGUCUCAUCUGUCCACAGUACGUUCUCCCAGAAGGACUGUGGUUUUGUCACAUAAGUUUUGACAAACUCCAGUCUUGCUUUUUUAUGCCUUUGUGUCAGCAGUGGUGUCCUCCUGGGUCUUCUACCAUAGCAUCCCUUUUCAUUCAGAUGGUGACAGAUAAUGCGAGCUGACACUGUUGUACCCUGUGUCUGCAGAUCAGCUUGAAUUUGUUUGGAAGUUAAUCAGGGUUGUUUAUCCACCAUCCGAAUUGUUGUAAUUUUUCAUUAAUUUUGCUCUGCCGUCCACGUCCAGGGAGGUUAGUUACAGUGCCAUGGGCUGUAAACUUCUUGAUGAUAUUGCGCACAGUGGACACAGGAACAUUAAGAUCUCUGGAGAUGGACUUGUAGCCUUGAGAUUGACCAUGUUUUUCCACAUUUUCUUCUCUCAAAUCCACAGACAACUCUUUACACUUCUUUCUUUUCUCCAUGCUCAGUGUGACACACAACACAAAGGCUGAGUCAACUUUUCUCCAUUUUAACUGGUUGCAGGUGUGAUUACUAUAUUGCCCACACCUGUUACAAGUAACAGGUGUGGGCAAUCUAAAUACAUCACAUGCCUGAAAAGCAAUUAUUUAUUACAAUUUUGAUAAGGUGCCAAUAAUUUUGUCCAUUCCAUUUUUGAGUUGUGUGAAAUUUUAUCAAAUUUGACUUUUCUUCUCUGUUUUUUGCGUUGUUGCAGUGCAAACAAAAACAAUAAGCACGUGAGUACCAAAACAUUUGCAAUUACAAAAAUUUUCUGAGAGAAGUGUUGCAUUUUCUGACAGAACUGCAAGGGUGCCAUGACUGUAUAUCAUAAUAAUAGUGUUUUAAGGAUUAGUUAGCCCCAUAAUAAAUUCUGUCACCAUUUACUAACUCCCAUGCCAUUGCAAACAUUAAUUAUUUAUUUCUUCAGUACAAGACCACUUGAAAGCUUGUCAAGAAUGCCCAAGCUUCUGUUUUUGAAACCAUCAAACUUUAUGGUCAUCUAUAUUGCCAAAAAACAAAAAAAAGGAUGGCGCCAUAAAAGUAUGAUAGUUGUCUGUAUUAUCAUACACUACAUUUUAACUCCAUAACUUCAGGCCUUUUACCUGAACCAAAGUGCAAAUAACAGUUGUGAGCUCUGGCAUUAAGUUUAAUUUAAGUCGACUUUUUGGAGAAUUCUAGAGCGAUAUAAAUUGUGUUUGAAUGUAAAGCAGAAGACUGGACAUUGUUGAAAAUGGUUAAGCUACAUGAGGGUGGGUAAAUGAUGUCAGAAUUUUACAUGAAAUAUUUCUUCUAUUGUGCAAAACGUGUACAUGCUCACGAAUCCUGGAUGAAAUGCUAAUUCCAGAAAACAGAUGCUCCUUUUCAUAGUCACAUUUCAGGCACACUAUGUUUUGAAUGUGACCCUGCUACUCAGGUCGGUCUCUAUGCCUUUUUGGUGUACAUUCAGUUGAACUCAUUCACGUAUUAAAAUGGGGAUUUCACUCAUUUAGCUGUUUAGCUAAGAUUCUUGGGAGAUCUUUUCUUAGUAUCUUAAUGGUGACAUAAGCAAAAUUACACUGUUU